AGGAGGAGAGAGGGAGACGCCCCUGACAGACCUCCGCCGACGCCAGAGACUCUCAGAGGCCUCGGGAGGAAGAAGCAGGGAGCGGCAUCUGGUGAAGAGGCUGCUGGUCCCUUCCUCAUGCUCCCGGGCGAACAUGAGGAGUGUGCGGCCGAAGAAGGGGAGGAGAGCUUGACACGUGGAAAUGAGUUCUCAGCAGUUUCCUCGUACUGGAGCCCCUUCAACUAGUCUAGGACCAGCUCCUUCUCCAAUCUCCACGAGUGGAUCUACUGGAUUGAUAAACCCAACAACUACAGUAGUAAGUGAUGAACCUAACCGAGAAUUGGAAGUUGCUCCCAGAGAUCACGUGGUCCCUGGUGGCUCUCUGCAGUCUCGUGAAGAGAAGCAGGAAACGGUGGUAGUUCGGCCAUAUCCACAGGUGCAAAUGUUGACUCCUCACCAUACUGUGCAGUCUGGUGUUCCUGUUACAGUGGCAGCUCCUCCAACUCAUCUGACUCCAGCAGUGCCACUUUCUUUUCCUGAAGGACUUAUGAAGCCUCCUUUGAAGCCUACGAUACCCAGCCGUCCUAUUGCACCAGCUCCACCCUCCACCCUUUCUGGUCCCACCAAAGUCCCUGGGCAGGUUACUGUAACAAUGGAGAGCAGCAUCCCCCAAGCCUCAGCUAUCCCUGUAGCAACCAUUAGUGGGCAACAGGGACAUCCCAGCAAUGUGCACCAUAUCAUGACAACCAAUGUUCAGAUGUCAAUCAUUCGAAGCAGUGCUCCUGGGCCACCGUUGCACAUUGGCGCUUCUCAUUUGCCUCGAGGUGCAGCAGCAGCAGCUGUGAUGUCCAGUUCUAAAGUAACAACAGUGCUGAGGCCAGCUUCACAGUUGCCAAAUGCAGCAACAGCUCAACCAGCAGUUCAGCACAUCAUUCAUCAGCCCAUCCAGUCCCGGCCUGCUGUGACAACUUCAAGUACUAUCCCUCCUGCUGUAGUAGCUACAGUCUCAGCAACAAGAGCCCAGUCACCUGUUAUUACUACAACAACAACACAUGCUACAGAAUCUACUCUCAGCCGGCCAACUUUGUCAAUUCAGCAGCACCCACCUUCUGCACCUAUCAGUAUUCAGCGUCCUGCACAACCACGGGAUACUGCAACCAGAAUUACCCUGCCUUCUCAUCCAGCCAUAGGAGCACAAAAACAGCAGCUUCACUCUAUGGCCCAGAAAACAAUUUUUAGUACUGGUACACCAGUGGCAGCAGCAACAGUAGCACCUAUUUUAGCAACUAAUAGCAUUCCUUCAGCAACUACAGCUGGUUCUGUAUCUCACACUCAAGCACCUACAAGUACAAUUGUCACCGUUACUAUGCCCUCGCAUUCAUCCCAUGCAACUGCUGUGACCACCUCAAACAUCCCCGUUGCAAAAGUGGUCCCUCAGCAAAUCACACACACUUCUCCUCGCAUCCAGUCUGACUACACUGCGGAGAGGAGUAAUCUCAUUCCUAUAUCUGGUCAUCGUGCAUCUCCAAAUCCAGUUGCAAUGGAAGCUAGAAAUGAUAACAGACAGUCAGUACCUGUUCAGUUCCAAUACUUCUUACCAACAUAUCCGCCUUCUUACCCUUUGGCUGCCCAUACUUACACACCUAUUACCAGCUCUGUGUCUACUAUCCGCCAAUAUCCUGUUUCAGCUCAGGCUCCCAAUUCCGCUAUAGCAGCUCAGACCGGAGUAGGAGUAGCCUCCACAGUCCAUCUGAAUCCUAUGCAGCUCAUGACAGUGGAUGCAUCUCAUGCCCGCCAUAUACAGGGCAUCCAGUCUGCACCAAUUGGUGCUCAGGGUAUACAGCCAGCACCCAUCAGUGCACAAGGAAUACAGUCAGCACCAAUUGGAACCCAAGGGCUACAUCCAGCUGCACCAAUUGGCACACAAGGUCUUCAGACUGCACCACUGAACACUCAGCAGGCACAAACUGAAAACAAGGCAUCAGUGGUCUUGGCAGAUGGAGCCACUAUAAUGGCCAAUCCAAUUAGCAAUACAUUCAACACUGCCGCAGCUUCAACUACAGUGGUACAAACCCAUAGCCAGAGUUCUAAUUCUAGCACACCAGCUCAAGGUUCAUCCCCUCGCCCAAGCAUUCUCCGGAAGAAGCCCACUACAGAUGGGUUGGCUAUUAGGAAAAACCUCAUUCCUCCUCAGCCAUCUGAGGUGGCUGGCACCCGAGUAGAAAGCUCCAUGAGGAGUGCCUCUGGAUCACCAAGACCAGCCAGUGCCAAACCUAAACCAGAAAUUCAUGUAUCAAUGGCCGCUCCGGUAACUGUGUCUGUGGAAGCAGUGUCUAUGCAGAGCAAUGAGCAACCUCCUAUUUCAGUCCCUACUUCUCAGCAGCCACCAUCUGCCAUUCCAACAAUCAUCACAGCAGCUAGUCCACCCUCUCAGCCCACAACAGCCCUAUCAACCAUUCCAGGAACUGUUCCAGUUCCUCCGCCUACUUCAGCCACAAUUGUAACUGCUCCUCCCCCUUCAUCAACAAUAAGUGGUGUCCUCUCUACAGUACUGGGCCCUGUUGUGCCAGAGAUAAAAAUAAAAGAGGAAGUGGAGCCUAUGGACAUAAUGCGACCAGUCUCAGCAGUUCCUCCACUGACUACAAAUACUGUGUCUCCAUCUCUUACAUUGUUGGCCAACAACCUUUCAGUGCCCCCAAGUGACUUACCACCUGGUGCCUCCCCAAGGAAAAAGCCACGGAAACAACAACAUGUCAUCUCUACAGAGGAAGGGGAUAUGAUGGAGACCAAUAGCACUGAUGAUGAGAAAUCUACUACCAAAAGUUUGAUAUUAAAGGCAGAAAAGCGCAAGUCACCUCCAAAAGAAUAUAUAGAUGAAGAAGGUGUAAGGUAUGUGCCUGUACGUCCACGACCACCCAUAACGCUCCUUCGCCACUAUCGCAAUCCAUGGAAAGCUGCCUAUCAUCACUUCCAGCGGUACAGUGAUGUCAGGGUAAAAGAGAAGAAAGCUAUGCUACAAGAGAUAGCUAAUCAGAAAGGAGUAUCGUGCCGUGCACAGGGAUGGAAAGUCCAUCUUUGUGCAGCACAGUUAUUACAGCUGACCAACCUGGAACAUGAUGUGUAUGAACGACUCACCUCCCUACAAGAAGGAAUCAUUCCCAAGAAAAAGGCAGCAACAGAUGAUGACUUGCAUCGAAUAAAUGAACUGAUACAGGGGAACAUGCAGAGAUGUAAGCUUGUAAUGGAUCAGAUAAGCGAGGCUCGAGAAUCCAUGCUGAAGGUCUUAGAUCAUAAAGAUCGUGUUCUGAAACUUCUCAACAAGAACGGAACUGUCAAGAAAGUAUCCAAGUUGAAGAGAAAAGAAAAGGUCUAGAGCCAGAGCUCUGGAAACAACAAAAGAUUGUACAGAACAGUGUUAAAGCUCUUUUAUUUGGGGGUUUAUUUUAGAGAGCUGCAUUGGAGUUUUUUUUUAAAAAAGAUGAGUUUCAGAGAAGUACAACGGAUUGAUACUUGGAGCCCAGUGACCUUAAAGGAUUAUUAUUGACCUAUCAAAGGAACACAAGAUUUUUCUCAGGCUCAUCUCUGUUUAAACUCAACACAGUCACAUUUUGUUUAGCCCUCUUGAUGUGCCAGUGCCUACUAAUAGGAACCAUUGAUGCAAACAUGAUAGACAGUCCCCUCCUUCCAUUUUAAAGUUUUAGAGGUAACUUCACAGGUUUGUACAAUGGAUUCCUGCAACACACCUCAAGAACCACCAGUUUUGAAACUAUUUGUCAUAAGUGUUCAGAAUGUUUUGGAGAUAACGCAACUUCCAUUUAGCCCUCUCUGUACUCUUCCUCAUUGACAUUGCAGCAGCUGUAACAGCCCUCAUAAACCAGUGCCAUUGCACUGGCAAUCCUGCUACAUUUAGAAUCUUGUGGUUCUGAAGUCUUUAGCUGUUAGUUUUAAAAAUAAUACAUUUCAAAGUGAUUUGUAGUGUUGUGAAGUGUGUGCGUGUGCCCAUGUCGGUGCUCUGGGAUAUUGUUUUCAAAAUACAGUCGCACAGCACAGUACCUCUGUAGCUGGUGUGAUGCUAUUCAUUGUGUUGCAUACAAUUGUGCUAUAUAACAUCCUGAAAACCUAAAUAAAAGAUUUGGAGGAUUUUGUAUAAGCACAGCUGGUCUAAUUUUUGCAGCUAAAAAUUGCAAAGAAAGUUAAAGACAUGGUGCAAAAGGAAAUGCUUUUCUUCAGGCUAUUAAGGGAAAGGAUAUGAGUGAAAAAACACAAUCCCUGUUCUUGCUAAGUUAUAGAUGGAAAUGAAUUCCCUUUGCUGUCUCUUUUUUUAUAAUUGCAUAAGACCAACAGUCCUCAGUUCUGUAUAAUUAUUAUGGUGUUAAAACCAUACACAAAAAAACAGUCCAUUAUGUCCAGUAGACCAGUAGAUUUUUCAUUUUAUUUUAUUAGACAGAAAGGUAAAAAUAUAAACCUGGGUCCUAUUUGCUCUGUCUUCUUUUGCAGCUCCAGUUGGAAUUCCACCAAACUUUCCCAAAACAGUGUGAAAGCAGUCCUGUAGAUGUAUGAGUACAACUGCCAUGACUGUUCACUGUUGGUUAUGCUUGCUAGAGUUGAUGUAGGUUGUAGUCCAACUUUUGGAAGAAGGACAUGCAUCCCCUAUACUUGGACUGUGAAAAUACCACUGGGCCCCAAAGUGUCCAUUUCUGUCCUCAUAAUUGUGCGUCACUUCAAAGAAAUUCCUUUGAAACUUGUAGGCCUUAUUAUUUUCAUGAAACAAUUAGGAUAUCAGUCCCACUAAAAGAUUGUUUGAAUUUUUUUAAAGGUGGUGUUUGCACCAUAUCAUCCUAGACUACCUUACUUUUUUCUAUAAUGAUAUAAUCCUGUCUAUAACGAUUUUCAGUAAUGGCACAGAAAGAGUUGUACUUUUGUUCCUCUUUAUUAAAAGUUUAGUGUAUCUUGCAGCUGCUCUGAGGGUUUAGUACGGGGAUGGUCAAUUCAUUAGUGUCUAAGUGACAUACUUUGCCUACCUGCCAGGCAUGUCUGUGAGACUGGAUUACAAGUAUAACUAGGCUGCAAU